CAACGCACAUACCUGCUCAGUGGGAACCAGUGAAGGCUCCGUGUAUUAUUAGCUAAAAUCACAAGUAGAAGCAGCACAGACGCGGGUCGGUCCACUUGGAAAAGAUCCGCUGGAUUAUGGCCUCCACUAUCAGCCUGCUCCCUGAGAAGCACCUCUUGUGCUUUCUGUGUAGGGACAUCUUCAUCAGCCCAGUAACCAUACCAUGUGGACACAGCUUCUGCUUGUCCUGCCUGUGCAAAUACUGGACACGACAUCAAUCCAAAUACUGCCCUCACUGCAGGAGAGUGUUCCCCAACAAGCCCGACCUCAGCGUCAACCGUGUUCUGGCAGAAGUAUCUGAAAACUACAGGAAGUCUCGACCACAGAAACCCCCCGAUGAGGAAACGGUUAUAGAUGUUACACAAAUGAUUCAGGAAAGGCUGCAGAAGAUAGAAAGGCUGAAAUACUCUCUCGGGCUUCAAAAGAGCUCUUACCUCAGAGAGGUGCGAGAGAGCCAGAAGAUCUUCUCUGCCCUUGUAAAUGCGAUGGAGAAGAGCCACAAAGCAGUUGUUACCGCAAUUGAGGAGAGGCAGAGGGAGGAGGAGAGCCAGGUAGAAAAACUGGUGAGAGAGAUUGAACAGGAGAUCGAGGAGCUGAAGAAGGAGACCAAAGAACCCGACCCUCAGAUCUCUGGUGAUCAGAGCGACGAUGUGAAGCGACCCGCCUUGAUGAAGGACUGGUCCAAGGUUACGAUAGAAACUGAUCCUUGUAUCGGGGUCACCAGAAGAGCGCUGUCAGGCGUACUGGAAGAAAUAAAGGUAGAAGUCGCCAGGCUCUCCAAAGCUGAACUCAAGAGAAUUGAGAAAUACUCAGUGGAUGUCAACCUAAGUGCUAAAACAGCUCACCCUUUGCUUUGGGUCUCAGAUGACAGACAACAGGUGAGGUACACAGAUAAGCUUCAGGAAGUACCGGAUAACCCGAAGAGGUUUGACCGAGUUUCAAAUGUGCUGGCCAAAGAAAGCUUCAGCAGUGGGAGGUGCUACUGGGAGGUGGAAGUUGGAGAAAAGAUAGAAUGGACCAUAGGUGUUGCCAGACAGUCUGUAAACAGGAAGGGCAAAUUCACAGUGUGCCCUGCAAAUGGUUUCUGGACUUUAAGCCUUAAGGCUGGAGGUCAGUACGUUGCCAACACUUCUCCUGUCACCCCGCUGGCUCUAGAGCACCGACCCAGGAAGUUGGGAGUGUUUCUGGAUUACACAGAAGGCCAUGUGUCCUUCUACUGCGCAGACUCUGGAGUCCACAUUCAGACCUUCACAGAUAAGUUCACAGAUCAGCUUCAUCCAUUCUUCAAUCCUGGUCGCAUGCAUGGUGGUAGAAACGCAGCUCCUCUGAUCGUCUGCUCAAGUUUUUGCAGCAUCUGAACCUCGUACAAAUUUCCAGUUCAAAAAGAGUUCUUUGCUGGUUUUCAUUAUCCUGGUAGUAUUUAUCCAGUAUGGUUAAUGUGUUAAUGUAUUUAACAAUCUAUUUUACAGUGAGUCACAUUUUUCCUGUCAGAGUAGGCUACUGAAAAAGAUGGUGCAAAAGGACUACGUCAGUACUCUUGAAAACUUCAAUGAAACCCAUAAACAGACUGAAAAAGAAAAAGCGUGGUGGAAAAUAAUAGCAGGCUCUCAUAAACGAACAAGUGAAAGUAGAAAAGGAGGAGAAAAAGAGGAUUGCUGAGUUGGAUGGAUGUGCGGGGCUGCAAGGGUUGGGACAGAGGUUGACGAGAAGC